UCUCUCGUCGCGUCGCGUCCCCAAAAACCCUAGCUGUUCUACUAUCUCGUCGGCGAUGGCGGCGGCGGCGGCGGCGGCGGUGGAGGGGGAGUUCGUGGGGGAGAGGCGGAAGCUGUUCGUGGGUGGGAUCCCGACCUCGGCGCAGGAGGCGGAGCUGCGGGGCCACUUCAGCCAGUUCGGGGCGGUGCGCUCUGUGAUAGUCAUGCGGGACAAGGAGACCGGGCAGGGCCGCGGGUUCGGGUUCGUGGAGUUCGAGGAGGAGGACGCCGCCGGGAAUGCGCUCGGGGAGCCCAGGCACCUCAUCUGCGGCCGCCUCGUGGAUGUCAAGAGGGCUAGGGCAAGACCUCAACGAAACCAUGAUGAGCAGCCUUCACAGCAUCAGCCGUUGGAACAGGGACAGGAGCAGGGCCACCAGCCAGAACCUGGAAGCGGUACCGAGGAUGGUAGCGACAACAUGAACUAUGCUUCAAAGAAGGUCUUUAUUGGUGGUUUGCGGGAUAAUAUCACUGAGGAGGAGUUCCGGACAUACUUUGAGACUUUUGGCAAUGUAACAGAUGUCGUAGUCAUAUAUGACAGUAUGACAAACAGAUCUAGAGGGUUUGGUUUUGUUACCUUUGGCUCGGAGGAAGCAGUGAGAAAGGUGAUGGAACAGAGUUUUCAUGACUUGAAAGGAACCAGGGUAGAAGCCAAGAUUGCCAUCCCCAAGGACGCUUCUUAUUACCGUAAUGGCCGAGGUCGUGGUUCAAGAAACUUUGGUGGAAGGGGCCAUGCUGGUUAUGAUGGCGCCUCAUACCAACCAUACAGUGAAAGAUAUGGUUUCUACAAUAGCUAUAUGCCUCAACCUGUUCCGCCAAAUCCAUUCUAUCCUGGUGUCUACUAUGGUAUGGGAGGUUAUCCAUAUGCAAAUGCAUAUUCAAACCUUGGGGUCCCCGCUAAUGUUCCAGGCAUGAUGACAAGACGUCCAGUCUAUAGUGCAUAUCCUCCUAUGUAUCCAGGGUAUGGCGUUGUAUACAGAGGCUAUGCGGGUGCUGCAACCUCUGUUCAGCAUGCUAGUAAUGGUGGUAGUGAUAAUAAAAAGGAUCAAACAUCAGUAGAUGUACAAGAAGUUGAUAGUGCUGCUUCUGUCGCAACAAAACUGGAGUUUAUGAAGCUAGGUUCACAAUGACUUUCUGACAGGACUAUUACUUCUACAUUGAUGACUUCAAGUACGACAUUUGUUUGGGAACCCUCAACUGUGAAGACUUGAGCUAAGAUUCUUUGUUUGACAAGUACAUCGUUGGAAUUCUUCAACUUACCCCCUCUCAUUCCUUGCUUAAUCUGCCUGUACACUGAAAAUGUGCAAGUUGCAACCAGUCUGUUGACCUCACUGCUUCUUGUACCAAUGUUUAAAUAUUUUGUUGAUUUAAUGUACCAGAAUCAGAACAUCCAUCCUAAUUGCUUGUGCUAUCUCCACUUUUGUGUCACUAUUAAUCGUGGUUUGUUUACCUUGAUGCCUGUAUGUCUGUAUGUAUGUGCAUCAUGCAUAAUUGGCGAGAGCUGGUGCAGUACAAGAAUCAGCUGUUGUGAAUUGGUGAGAGCAUGUGCAGCUGCUUUUGUGUCACUAUUAGUCGUGGUUUGUUUACCUUGAUGCCUGUACGUCUGUAUGUAUAUGCAUCAUGUAUAAUUGGCGAGAGCUGGUGCAGUACAAGAAUCAGCUGUUGUGAAUUGGUGAGAACCUGUGCAGCCGCUUUU